AUGGCGGCUGCCCUAGAUCCACGGACAAACAGACCUGAGGCAGUCCAGAUGCGUAGAUGGACUUCGAUGCGCGCCGCGCAACCACGUACCACGCCAACCAGCCAAUCAAAAUGGCGCGCAUAUGAACUCGGCGUACUCACCCGCGAACAUAUCAACGCUCUUUUCUUUCUCUCCUUCCCUCGUGCGACCACGACGACUGCGACGACCACGACGAUGGCGUCCAUCCACGAUCGCUCGACGGCCGCGUCGUUCCCGUCCUCUACCUCUUCCGAACACCAUCGCGUCCCAGUACCUUCCUUCCUCUCCGUUUCGUCCGACAUCGCGACAUGGGUAUACACUACCCUCGCGAUUGUCACAGCUCUUCUCGUGCUCGAGCAGUCCGUCUACCGGUAUAAGAAGCGACAUCUUCCGGGCGACGCGUGGACGAUACCCGUUAUCGGCAAAUUCGCCGACUCGCUCAAGCCUACGAUGGAGGGCUACAUGAAGCAGUGGGAAUCGGGCGCGCUCAGCGUCAUCAGCGUCUUCAAUAUCUUCAUCGUCAUGGCGUCGACGAACGAUUUUGCUCGCAAGAUUCUUAACUCGCCGAACUACGCCGAGCCUUGCCUCGUCAACUCCGCGAAGGCGGUCCUGUGUCCCGAGAAUUGGGUCUUCCUCACCGGUAGAACGCACGUCGAGUACAGACGCGUCUUGAACUCGCUUUUUACCCGCAAGGCACUCGGUAUCUACGUCGGUAUCCAGGACCAGAUCGCGCGGAAGCACUUCGCGAUAUGGCUCGAUGCUGCGGCCAAGGACCCAUCGCCGAUGGCGAUCAUGUUCCCCGCGCGCGACUGCAACAUGGACACGUCCCUGCGCGUGUUUUGCGGGCCCCACAUCUCGGAUGAAGCCGCGAAGGAGAUCACGGAGAAGUACUGGGCGAUCACGGUUGCGCUUGAGCUGGUGAACUUCCCGCUGGCGCUGCCCGGCACGAAGGUGUACCGGGCGAUCCAGGCGCGCAAGGCCGCCAUGCGGUGGCUGGUGCUUGCGGCGGCGGAGAGCAAGAAGGCGAUGGCCGCGGGCGGGGAGCCGCAGUGCAUGCUGGACGAGUGGGUGCGCACGCUGCAGGACCCGGAGUACAAGGGACGGAAGGAUUUCAGCGACGUGGAGAUGGCGUUGGUCGUGCUCUCGUUCCUGUUCGCGAGCCAGGACGCGAUGAGCAGCGGGCUGAUCUACGGGUUCCAGCACCUCUGCGACCACCCGGCCAUUCUCGCCAAGGUGCGCGAGGAGCAGGAGCGCGUGCGGGGCGGGAACUACGACAAGCCGAUGACGCUGGAUAUGAUGGACGAGAUGCCGUACCUGCGUGCGGUGGUGCGCGAGAGCAUGCGGGUGAAGCCGCCGGUCACGAUGGUGCCGUACAAGACGAUGAAGGCGUUCCCGAUAUCGGACGACUACGUGGUACCGUCGGGUAGCAUGAUCAUCCCGUCGUUCUAUAACUCUCUGCAUGACGCUGAGGUGUACCCUAACCCCGACGAGUUUCUUCCCGAGCGCUGGUUGGACCCCGAUGGCAGCGCGAACGCGAACCCGCGCAACUACCUCGUCUUUGGCAGCGGCCCGCACAAGUGUAUCGGUCUCGAGUAUGCGAUGAUGAACAUUGGCUUGGUGCUCGCGGAAGCGGCGGUCCUCAUGGACUGGGAGCAUGUCCGCACUGAAAAGAGCGACAAGGUCCAAAUCAUCGCGACCCUGUUCCCCCAGGACGGCUGCCUCAUGAAGUUCAAGCCCCGUCAGCGUGCAUGA